UGCAUAUGCAGGCGUGUCUCUUGGACUCUAGAGCUGGUGAACCCAGGGCUGCUUCGGUAGGUUUGGCGUUCGCGGGAUUCUGCAUAUGUGGGGCGAGCUUGCACGUUACAUCACUGGUGUAUGUCUCCUUGCUUGUUUUAAGAUAUCACCACUUAGGCCUCUGUUGCAGAAAUCGCCAUAGACCUUUAAGCGCCGCGGAAUCGGGGACAACUUUGGUUACUGAUUUGUAAAUUCCCGGCAGAUCUGCGUGCACUGUGUUGGACGCAGAGGUGGGUUGUAUGAGAUUACAUUUUCCCCAGCUUUGCGGCUACUCUUUAGCCCCAUUAGCUUCUCAGAACGGACUUCUCUACCUGCUUCGAUUGAAAGCUGAGGGCCGAAAACUCAGAAAAGCAAUUACUCUUUCCUGGUGAGGCUUCCAGAGGAUCAAGAAUAGCGAGCGACCUGAUUCCUUCCACCUGCAGUCGUAUAGAGAUUGGUCCCUCUAUCUUCCCCGUAAUUGUAGCCUGUUAACGUUCCUGUGUUAAGUGCCAAAAUGAGUGACCGCUAUCUAGAACAAAGGAUUAGUAUAAAAUUUUGCGUGAAAUUAAACAAGCCUGCAAGUGAGACCAACCAUCUUUUAAAAGAAGCGUAUGGGAAUGAAGUCAUGUCUAGGGCCAGAGUUUUUGACUGGCACAAAAGAUUUAAAGAAGGUCGGGAAGAUGUUCGAGAUGAUGCCCGAAGUGGCCGUCCAGUUACCCACCGGACAGAUGAAAAUAUCCAAAAGGUCAAGGACUUGGUUUGUUCAAACAGGCAGUUAACAGUGAGGAUGAUGGCCGAAGAGUUAAAUUUAGAUAAAGAAACUGUCAGACUCAUUCUGAAAGAAAACUUGAACAUGAGAAAAGUUUCUGCCAAAGUUAUAUCUGCUAUUUUGAAGGAUCACCCUAAACCUCGAAAGCUGGACUUUUGUUCUGAUCUUUCCAAAGAAACUAGGAAAAAUAGGUUGUAUGUGAAGAAAAGGGUAACAGGCUCUGAAGCAUGGAGGCAUCUUCAGUGUGAAGCUGGUAGGGAAACGCCUCUGCCUGUCUCCCAUCCCAGAAUCCACUGUGCUGCCAGCCAGCAUCUGCAGGCCUCAUCUUCAACAAGCCUUCCUACCAGGGCAGCUCAGGAUUGGUUCACACUUUGGUGAAAGGAUUGUGAGGUAGCUGAACCUGAGCUAAAAAGCCGCCUCAGUGCUAGGCACCUUCAUUUGCUGCUGGUCUGUUUUCACUCAUCUGUACCAUCCCUCCCUCCAUGCCAUGGCUCUCCUAGGUUACUCUGCUGGACUGUUGGGUCGUAUCUUCCUUGCUGUUCUCCACAACUUUGAAGAACCUCUGGCUGCUGACUUCUGGUUCUUGCUUGUUCUUGAUUUCUUUUGCUUAACAAAUUUGGAUCUCUUCACUGCCCAUGCCUUAGAUCAUUAUGGCUGUCCUGUUCCUAUGUUCUCAACAUUCUGCCUCAGGGGAUCAUACCAAUGAGAGGUGGGAGCAGGAUCUCCUGGAGUCUGUAUCUCUGUGCCCAGGGAGACAUACUCUUCUGGGAGGACCUCCAGAGAAGGCCUCCAGUUCCAGCCUGCUUCACAGUCAGGGCCAGAGGUAUGGUUCAGAAGGCAGUGGCAUGCUGACAUAAUGAGCAAUGCUAAGGGUCAGUCCAGCCCAAAUGAUUCAGUAGGUGCCCCUCAGAACUCGGGUUGGCCUACCCAUACUGAGCUCACAGACCUUACCUCACAAAAGAGCUGGGUUUGUUUCAUUCUAGUCCUGUGCUUUGGACCCCACCCCGACAACAUGCACAUGCUCAUUUGGGUAUCUUUGCUGGAAGAGGGGGAUCUGGUCCUUGAAAAUAUAAACCAGGGGACUCAGACCCAGGCUGUGCUGUGUGGGGAGGGAGACCAGGUGACGCUAGACCCUGCAUUAAGGGAGCCAGCUGCCUACGUGCUGACUCCUACAUAGCAGCCUGAUUUUAGAAACUAUUGCCAACGUUGUCAGGUGCUUUUUGGAUACCUGCAGUUUUUAGAACACUGCUGGUCAUUGACAGUGUUAUGUUAUGAAACAAAAUCACCAAGGGCUGGGUGGACCUCAUGGAUGAGGUGGUUCAGGAGCUAGAUUUGUAAGGAACGAUGGGACAUGAAGCUAGGAAAUUAGGGAAAGCUUCCCAGGCAGGUGGAACAGCAUGAGGCUCUGAACCUGCAGCAGUGAGAAAAUGAUGGCACUUUUGUCUGGAGAGCAAGAUAAUGAUGUUGCAGAGGAUGAACAAUUUGGGAUCCUUUGCUUCCUCUUCUCUGCCCCCAACUCUAUGCCAGUUGUUCAUAAAUUGUGGCUAGUUUUUUUAAAAAGAUUUUUAUUUAUUUUUUAAAGAUGAAGGGGAAGGAGAAAGGGAGAGAAACAUCAAUGUGUGGUUGCCUCUUUCUUGCAUGCCCCCAACUGAGCCCUGGCCUGCAACCCAGGCAUGUGCCCUGACUGGGAAUUGUACUGGCGACCUCUUAGUUCCCAGGCCAGCACUCAACCACUGAGCCACACCAGCCAGGGAAAAUUGUGGAUAGGUUUAUAAUAACUCACUUAUAUGGUUAUCUAAACUUCCCAUCAACCUCUGCCCCUCCCCUCAAAAAAAGCAGUCUAUGUAAGUUCAAACUCCUUUAUGUCUUCUGCCUCUCUGCCAGGAUUUAUGGAAUGGAACUUUCCCCAGGUGGGUUCCAAGUAAUACCACAUAGACUGGAAACAUCUCAGAAUGACUGGUGGAGGAGCAGGGAGGGGGGGUGGUUAUUAACAGCAUUUCACAGGAUUUACCAAGGUCUAUGCUUUACCCAAGGAUUUUUAUACAUAACAGCUCCUAUUAUUUCUUUAGUAAGUUAGUAAACAAUGUCAGUUGAUAGCAGAGGCCCAACACUUACUUAUUCAACAGUUAUUUUUAGUUCCAUUCUUUCACUGAAUCCCCUCUAAAAAUUACAAAUUCCCCACUAAUUCCUGUUAGUUUUGAGGCACCCUGAAACCUGGACAUGAUUACAUAAAUAAAAGAUAUUGUGCAAGAAAACUCAAACCAAGCAACAGCUUACAGACUUUUUACCUACUUAGCAAUUUCUAGACAUCGUCCUACAUCAGAUGAAACCCUGGUUCCUCACAGGCACUCCACAUUGCACGCUGAAGCAAAAGUCCCUGUGGCUAUCUGUUGCAACUGUGACUGACCUCAUUAAAAUUUUUUUUUUCAUUGAAUUUAUUGGGGUGACAUUGGUUAAUGAACUUCAUAUUAGCUUUAGCAAGCCCAGUGGUAACUUGCAGAAUUGUGUAUUCCUGGGCCAGGGCCAGGAUCCCUUCACAGUCAUUCCCUUCAACCUGUUAUGACACAGAGAUCCUGAGAGGACUUAUUUUUGGACUUUUCCCAUCCUGUGCACAGGGUUGGAGUGACCCUUCCAAAGGUGCUGGACUAAGACCAUGUUGGAGUACAGGGUACCAAGAGCAAUGUUGGCCCUUACAAGGUUUGGACACCGCAAUUGGAAACAGGUCAUCAGGACUGAAUUAUGAAAGGGACUUAAUUUAUUAUCUUAGAUCCUGUCCCAAGUAAAGUCAAGUCAAAUGACUACUUGAACCCAAUGCAAGGUUUCCCAGAAAAUAUUCAAUGAGAUGAUAACUGAUGUACCUCAGAUUUGGGGGAAGUAAAAUUACUGCCCAAACACUCAUCCAGAGCAAACCACACAUGGCGGCUCAGAAUCACUAAAUCCCAGGCUCGAGCAUGAUCUAGGAUGGGAGAGUUCAUAUUUAACAGUACCUUAUGUGGCUACCGCCAAAGCUCUUUUAUUGCUCACAUGGAUUUUGCUCUGUCUUGCACCUUGCCUAGGGCUUCUGAACCUAUAGUCUCACGGAUCUACUCAUCAUCGCGCCCCAGGCUCUUGUCCUUGGCUUUUCUCAAACAUCUCUCAGUUUAUUCUCUACUAGUUUGCUCUUGUUCCUCUGUUUCCCUCGUUCUGGACCACACCUCCCUCCAGUAGCUGCUUUUGGUCACUUCGGUGUGAUGCUCUUGAAUUGCCCUUUUGGUCAUGGUUUUUCACUCAAAUCACAGCUAACUCCGCUCCUCUGAUUUACAGAUCCCUCUUCCAGCUCCUAAGUCAGCCUGUAGCCCUCAGUAAGGAAAUCGUCUGUUGCAACCCUGGCCCCAGGUUGCCUUCCUAUCAGGAAGCAGGGUGGGCACUCUGGUUGGGUGGGUGGGGUUCUUGUUUUUGUUUUUGAUAAGGGGCAUACAGAGAAAGAGAAAAACUCCCUUUUUCAUCCUUAGCCAAGGGGGGGGGGGUCCACACCCCAGCAGCAACCAGUAUUACCAGUUCUUAUGAAGGCAAUUUGGUUACCUCAUGAAAGUUUCUCUGAGAUACAACAUCCCAGUCCCAUGCUCCUAGCAAUUAUAUUUUCCCCGGGAAGAAAAGCUCCACCUAAUGGUAGUAGAUGAAACCUAGUUCUCUGUAGGAUGUCAGCAGGUGAGCUGGCAGUCUGCAAGCCUUGACCAUAAUUCUUGAGCUCAAAACAAUCUGUUAAUGAAUCUCUUUGGCUUUUGGGCUGAUCUUCCCUCCCCCACUCUGGUUCAGAAUCCACAUGGGAUGUUACAUGCCACAGCUGGAAGUCCUAGAGGAACAGAAACCUUCCAGGGCAGAUCAUCCCAUCACUGAUUUUAUUUAGUUUUUCCUGCAUCCAUUACCCCACCCUACCUUACUCUACCUGUCCGUCCCACUGGUAGUACUCAAAUCAGAAAGAAUAAAUGUCCACCAAUCUUUGAUUUUGAAAAACACGUGGAAAGUUCUGCAGUCUUAGAAAGUCUGCCCCUGGCUUUGAAUCCUCAUUGAAAUGUGAUUGUUUGGGAAGAAGGUGCACCUGGGACCUGCUUUCCAGAGCCCUCCUUUCAGCCACUUAGUCAGCAUUCACACGUGCCAUUGGAAAUGCCCGGAGAAAUCUGGAUGUUAAAUGGUUUGAAGACAUCUAGUAAAGAAGUGCGGCACUGCGGGGGAGUCAUCUCACUGUAUCACAGUGACCGCUGUUCAGCCAGCCUGCUCUUCGCAAACAUAAUCGCCAACAAGUCUCACUGGCCUUAGGAUUGCAUCUCACCAGGGUCCCGUGUGGCUCAAUUAGUAAGAGCUUCCUUUGUUGGAACUAUAUAUGGGACUCUGUGUUCUUCCGCUUUUCAGUCGAGUCAGACCUCUUAGAUCUACAGGCUUUCCAUCCUGUCCGAGGCAACCCUCGCGUAUUUAUCUUCUCUACUUUCUACCUUUUUACAUCCUUGCAAAUAACUGUCCCAAAUGCGUCACCCUUCUACUACUGAUAUUCAGAACCCCCCCCCCCAAAAAAAAAAAACAAACUCUGUAGUGGGAAACCAGUACUUCCAAGGACCCACUUGGGUCUGAUGAAGGGGUCAUAAAGGAAACGUCUUAGGAUUUGCGGGCCAUGCAGUCUCUAUUACAACGACUCACCAUUUUAUUGCAGAAGCAGACAUCUAACAGGGAAACGGAUGAGCAUGGCUGUGUUCUGAAAAAAACUUUACGGACAUUGGAAUUUGAAUUUCAUACAAUUUUUACAUGUCACAAAAUAUUAUUUUUAUUUUUUCAGCCAUUUAAAAAGCUAAAAAAAAUUGUUCUUACAUUUCUUAGCUUGUACACUGUAGAAAAACAGAUGGCGGGCCAGGUUUGGCCCGUGGACCAUAAUUUGCUGACUCUUGGUCCAGUGUUUAUAAAGUGUAUAUAUAAAAUGACAGUGAUUGAUUCUUUUCCAUCAUUAACUUGUUAAUGCUAAGCUGAUCUGGUGGUGUCUGACAAUUUACUGUAUAGAAAUUGUGGGAUAUUAAAGGGAAUCUUUAUGGUGCCAGGAACGUGAACUAGAGUUGAAUGACUGUUUUACCUUGACCCUAUUCUGGUUCACAAAAUGAGUUUUGUGUUCUGUUUGACUCAAAAUGAUAUUACAUGAACUACUACCUAUAUAUGCCCUGUAAUAUCUCAAAAACAAUUUCAUCAGUAUUAUAACCGGUGAUAAUAGAAUGAACUGAAAUUGGUUCCAAAAUCGCCUUGACCUCUGGCAGCAUUUGAACAAGUUUGUCACUUAUGAAGUGACUAUUAUGGAGGUGACAAAAGUCACUGAAUUAUAUUUUUUGCAUGCUUCUUAAAGUGUAUAUGUAUAUAUUUGCAAUUGAUGCCAAGGUAUGUCCUUUUAGAUGUGCGUGCUUGUUUUUUCCCCUAACGAGGGCUGUAUUGGGUCACCUUCAUUUAAACCAAUUUUCCAAAGUUGAGAUAGACUGUCAGGCCUGAACAGACCUUUACGAGGGUAACCCAGCUGGUCAUGUUUUCCUUGCAUCGAGGAGCGACUAAAUUCUACAGUUGCUGAAAAGCUGCAUCUCCAAAGAAGACUCUGUGUUAAUUUAACACAUUGUUGCUGAGUGACUGUAUGUGCCAGGCACUGCCCGGUGUGCAGGGUGGCACGACAAUGCACAAAACGGAUGCAGUCUUCAGAUCAGUCAGCCCAAAAUCUCAUUAUAUUGCUCCGCUUCUGCGAAACUUGUUCCAUGAGCUCACACUAACUCAUGGUUAAUUGCAUACCUGAAAUAGGAAUGACCUUUGCCAUAGGCCGCUGUAUGUUCCACUUAAAUUUUAUUAUCCUUUAGACAGGUCCGCGUUGGUAGAAAAACACACUGGCAAUGUUGAAAGUGUAAAUUGGCAACAGCUUUCCGAAAAGCAAUUUGGCAGUAUCUUUCAGGAGCUUUAAAAAUGUUUAUAUCUUCUGAUCCUGUAAUUCCAAUUCUGGGAGUCUGUCCUAAAGAAAUAGUCUAAAAUGUGGGUGGAAUUUAUGCUUAACAAUUCAGAAGUCCAACAGUAGAAAAUUGGUUGAACAAAUUAGAGUAUGACUCUACAAUAGACUAUAAUGCCGUCAUUAGAGUUAAUGUUUAUGAAGAAUUAACACUGCAUGGAAAAAUGUUUAUCAUGUUAAAGGAGUGAUAUAAAAAAAUUACAUGUAUAAAUCCAAAAAUGUUUUUUAAAUGACUAACAUUGUUGGAGUAUGAGUAUUUUCUAAAAUUUUGUAUUUCUUUUAAAAACAUUUCUGAAGUAUUAUUACUUUUAUUAUUAGAAUAAAACAAUAGCACCAAAAGUUGGCAAUGGAGAAAGUGAAGCCAAAUCACUAGUUUGCUCCAUGAACAAUAAACUGGCUUCAUUGACACAGGCUGUACGAUAACUGUGUCGGGAGCCGGAGUGGGACAGAAGGGAAAAGGCCUGCCCCAGAGGAGAAGUGAACGUGACCAGGAUCCCUAGAGAAAACUAAGGCGGUAUGAGAAGACAUUGCAAGUGGUGUGCUCCUGUUAUGUAGCCCUGGGAAAGAAAUGGAUAUAAAACCAGUUGGUUAUCUGCCUACAAUUUUAACAGCUUCCCCAGAGAGUCCAUGACACAGAAAGGAGAAGUACUCAGCCAUUGUAAUUUAAUGUCAUUCCACACAUUGAUCGAGCACCUACCAUAUGCCAGACAUUCGUCACGCUGUGUGGGGAAUCAGAGUUGGAUAAGACAUGUCCCUCGACCACCUUGAGAAGCUCACCAGUUAGUGGGAGAAACAGACAUGGACGUGAAUAACUGUAACUCACUGCAGAAAAUACAAUUGCCAUUGGAAAGAUGCAAAUCAAGUGCUGUGGGAGCCAGAGGAGCCUGGGAAAUGCUUCCUCAAGGCAGCAUUCCUGGAGGAUGGGCAGGUUCAGCUGUCAGGAAGCAGGAGAACCGGUGCUCCAGACUGAGGGAACAGCACAGGCAAGUGCAUGGAGUCCUGCAAGGAAGGGUCAGAAUAAAGUUCAUCGAUGUGUGGGGUGUGAGUGUGAACAAAGGAAAAGUCGCUGGGCCCCGGCUCUGAAACCCAGGCUUGGUGCUGCUGUUUCACGCUUCUCUUUGCUGCCGGGUCCCUUUGGCCUCUGUCCCUCAGUCACAGAGAAUCCCUUACGGGCCCUGACUCCAGCAUGGCUGAACCCAAGCCCCAGGCAGAAGAGCCAACAGUGAGGGGACAGCAAAAUCUUAAAAGCAGAGCAGCCAGGGCUGGGAAAUGCCAGUCACAGCCACACCUCCCUGA